GUAAAAGCGAAUCUGACAUCACUCCCUAGCAGUACUUGCAGCUAGCAAGUGGUUUUGUUCUUUGGGUAGCAGAGGAGGAAAUUGCUCCUCGUCCGAUAAAAAGCACAGUGAAGAGUGGACGCAUGGUGUUUCUCGGGGCCAGGACUGAUUUCCAGAUAUGACCAUGUACUUGUGGCUUAAACUUCUGGCCUUUGGCUUUGCCUUUCUGGACGUGGAAGCAGGACAAAAUGAAUUUCCUACCAGCCCUGCAGGAAUGACCACAGAGCAGCUCAGUGCUUGGCCUUCAGAGGACCCUUUAUCUGCUCACACCACUGCACUCUCACCCACAAGCACCUCUGGAGGAGAAAGUACCUCCCAGCAGGCCACCUCUCCUCCCGACCCAGGUGUCCCAGAAGAGACGACUCCAGCCAGCACUUUCUCCACUGCUGACACAGCCUCCACCCCGGCAGCCUCCCCCGGUCCUGCACACACCAGCUCUGCUGCCUCACCCGCACGCACGGCCACCGCCAUUGGCAUCACAGACGACGCCUCAGGUCUGAGUCCCACGCUAGGUGCUCAGGAUGAGGACGCGCAAAACCGAACGCAGCCAGAAUACGGACACGUAUACGUAGAUGCACAUGCAUGGACAUAUGCACGUGGAUAUGUAUUUUAUAAUAUGACUAGGGUUUGCACUCGGGACUGGACAUGUGAUAGGCGAACACUCUACCGCAGGAGCAUGCCCCCAGCACAUUUUACUUUAGUUGGUGCUUUACGUAGGUACUUGGACUUUUUGCCUGGACUGGCUUUGAACCAAGAUCCUCCUGUCUCUGCUGUUCAGGUAGUUGGAUUUCCAUUGGAGAUUAAUGAAGAUAAUGAGGACACUUCAAAUAUCUUUGGCAGUGAGUCCAUUCAGCCAUGUAAGAUUUCCCAGAUACCAACACAUCUUAAUACCAUUAUCAGAGCUGUAUUGAAUGAGUGUAGCAGAUAUAACCCCAAACAUAAAUUUAAUAUUCUACUUUUGUUUUCUCUUCCAGCCACUACUGAAGCUAAGGUACCAUGUGAUGAAAUUUUUAAGAACAGACCUGUGAAAUACCAAUAUGACAAUAAUACUCAAUUGUUUGAGGCUAAAAUAAAUUUUUCUAAAGAAACAAAAUGUGAGUCUGAGAAUUGCAGCCGCAGCUUCCAAGGACUGGCUGAAUGCUCAUCAAAGACAAUUAAUAUAACUGAUAAGUCUUGUUAUCCACCUACAUCUUUAAUAUUAGAUGUACCCCCAAAGAAGGAAAGGUUCAAAUUAGAUGAUUGUACAUCUAAGGAAACAGCAAAUACUUCCAUCUGUUUACAGUGGACCAGAACUGGCGCAUUUGCUUGUGAAGAAAACAAGUUUACAUACACAUUUCAGUGUGUUAAUCAGAACACACAGAUCGUAAAAGGCACUGUACCAUUUCAUAGAAACCAAAUUAUUUUAGAAGAACUUCAUCCCAAUCAAACUUAUAGUUGUGAUGCAGAAAUAUUCUAUAAUAAUCACAAAUAUACCAGCCAACAGAAAUUUAUUAAAACAGAUUUGGGGACUCCAGAAAUGCCUGAGAUUCACAUUUGUUCUGCGAAAAGUGCAAAGGAAAUAUUUGUUGAAUGGAAACAGCCUCAAAACUUACCUCAUGGAUUUAUCUUAUGUCGUAAUGAGUCAGGUAAUAACUGUACAGAGCUUAAUUCCAAGAAGGAAAAACCACGAGUUUCAAUUUGGAUUAAUUUCUUCAGCCAGAAUUCGGGCACAGAACCUAUGAAGGCCCCUGGUUUGCCUUGGUUUGUGACGGGCCUUCCCUCCUCAAGCGAUUUCCAGUCCCAAAUGCAACAGAAGUCCAGAAUUUCUCUAAUUCUUGCUUACUUCUCUCAAUCUGUCUUACCUCCAGUCUUCAUGCUCCAACAUGUGGGAGGAGAGCAGUGCAGAAACGUGACAGCCAGAAGCACUACAUAUGAGUUCGCCCACCUGAACCCCUAUACAAUCUAUCACAUAUCACUCAAGGCCUACGUCAUUGGAAGAGUACAACGUAAUGGAAGUUCUGUGCAAUGUAAAAGUCGGACCCUAGCAGAUAGGCCCACCCAGGUCAGGCGCGUGACUGUGACUUCGAAGUCAGACAACAGCCUGGCUGUCUCCUGCGAGCCUCCGCUGGGGGUGAACGGCCCCAAGGUCAUCUACCGCUUGGAAGUCCAGAGCGGGGAUGCUCUGGUGAGGAACGAAUCGCACAGCGCCUGCCAGUUCCUGGUGGAGAAUCUCCACUACUCCACCCAGUAUGAGCUGCGGGUCUAUGUGUACAACGGGGAACACUCUGGAUUUGUGGUCACUAAAUACCAGUCUACGUCCUAUAAUUCCAGAGCAUUGAUUAUAUUUCUGGUUUUCUUGAUUAUUGUGACAUCAAUAGCCCUCAUUGUUGUACUUUAUAAAAUCUAUGAUCUGCAUAAGAAAAGAUCCAGCAAUUUAGAUGAACAACAGGAGCUUGUUGAAAGGGAUGAUGAAAAACAGCUGAUGAAUGUGGAGGCCAUUCAUGGAGAUACUUUGUUGGAGACCUAUAAAAGAAAGAUUGCUGAUGAAGGCCGGCUUUUCCUGGCUGAAUUUCAGAGCAUUCCCCGUGUGUUCAGUAAAUUGUCCAUCAAAGAUGCUCGUAGGCCUUUCAACCUGAAUAAGAACCGCUACGUGGACAUCCUCCCUUAUGAUUAUAAUCGUGUUGAACUCUCUGAAAUAAAUGGAGAUGCAGGGUCAAACUACAUAAAUGCCAGCUAUAUUGAUGGCUUCAAAGAACCCAGGAAGUACAUUGCUGCACAAGGUCCCAGGGAUGAAACGGUGGAGGAUUUCUGGAGGAUGAUCUGGGAACAAAAAGCCACAGUGAUUGUCAUGGUCACACGGUGUGAAGAAGGGAACAGGAACAAAUGUGCAGAAUACUGGCCAUCGAUGGAGGAGGGGACACGGUCUUUUGGGGAUGUUAUUGUAAAGAUCAAUGAACACAAGAGAUGUCCAGAUUACAUUAUUCAGAAGCUGAGCAUCACAAGUAAAAAAGAAAAGGCAUCGGGCAGGGAAGUGACUCACAUUCAGUUCACCAGCUGGCCGGACCACGGCGUGCCCGACGACCCGCACCUGCUGCUCCGGCUGCGCCGGCGGGUCAACGCCUUCAGCAACUUCUUCAGCGGGCCCAUUGUCGUGCACUGCAGUGCGGGCGUGGGGCGCACGGGCACCUACAUUGGGAUCGACGCCAUGCUGGAAGGCCUGGAGGCCGAGGGCAAAGUGGACGUGUAUGGCUAUGUGGUCAAGCUGAGGCGACAGAGGUGUCUGAUGGUGCAAGUGGAGGCCCAGUACAUCCUGAUCCAUCAGGCCCUGGUGGAAUACAAUCAGUUCGGAGAAACAGAAGUGAACUUGUCUGAAUUGCAAUCCUGUCUCCACAAUAUGAAGAAGAGAGACCCGCCCACGGAGCCGUCUCCACUGGAGGCUGAAUUUCAGAGACUUCCUUCGUACAGGAAUUGGAGGACACAGCACAUGGGGAGUCAGGAGGAAAAUAAGAAGAAAAACAGAAAUUCUAAUGUCAUACCAUAUGACUAUAACAGAGUACCCCUCAAGCAUGACCUGGAGAUGAGCAAGGAGAGCGAGCCUGGCUCGGAUGACUCGUCAGACGAAGACAGUGACUCCGAAGAAACGAGCAAAUACAUCAAUGCGUCUUUUAUAAUGAGUUAUUGGAAGCCAGAAGCGAUGAUAGCUACCCAGGGACCAUUGACGGAGACCAUCAGCGACUUCUGGCAGAUGAUCUUCCAAAGAAAAGUCAAGGUUAUUGUUAUGCUGACAGAACUCAAGCAUGGAGACCAGGAAAUGUGUGCCCAGUACUGGGGGACAGGCAAGCAAACCUACGGAGAUUUAGAAGUUGACAUGAAGGACACAAGCCAAUCUGCAGGUUACACCCUCCGAGUAUUUGAACUGAGACAUUCCAAGAGGAAAGACCCUCGUACCGUGUUCCAGUAUCAGUACACAGCCUGGAAAGAGGAACAGCUUCCAGCAGAACCCAAAGAACUAGUCUCCAUGAUUCAAAGCCUCAAACAGAAGCUCCCCGGGAGGAAUUCUUCCAACGGGAAUAAGUAUCAUAAGAGCGCACCUAUCCUAAUUCAUUGCAGGGAUGGAGCUGAGCACACAGGCGUGUUCUGUGCUUUGGUCAAUCUUUUGGAAAGCGCAGAAACAGAAGAGGUCAUAGAUGUUUUCCAAGUAGUAAAGUCUCUGCGUAAAGCCAGGCCAGGGAUGGUUACCACAUUUGAAGAGUACCAGUUCCUCUAUGACACCAUUGCUGCCUACUACCCUGCCCAGAAUGGACAGGUCAAAAGAGCCAGCAAGCAACAGGAUCGAAUUGAAUUUGAUAAUGAAGUGGACAAAGCAAAGAACGAUGCUAACUGUGUCCAUCCACCUGCUGCCCCAGAUAAGACCCACGACGCAAAUGAGGAGGGGGGAAGCUCUGAAGCCACACAUGGUGCCCAGGAACCAGAACAUUCUGCCAAUGGUCCUGCAGCUUCAGCUUUAACUCCAAGUUCAUAGGAAAAGACAUCCCUGGGGCACCACGAAGUCUCCUAUUAGUGGUUAUUCUGUGUUUCUUUUUUUACUACUAUGGUGAAAGUAUUUAAGUUGCUUUGGCUAAAAUGUUUUGUACAGUCUUACGCUUAUUUUGAAACUUUUUUCAGCAAAAACAUCUGUGUGUGUACAUGUUUCUGUUGGCAUGUGUGUGAUGAACAGAGAGACUGAGAAACAGAGAUGUAUGG